AUGGCGGACGGCCCUUCAUCUCCUAGAGCUGACAUUCCAGCACAUUUCUUACAUUCGUCCAUGUCAGGUGAUGCUUCGCGUCUUCCACAGACUAUCGCCCAUCGAGGGUAUAAAGGUCACUACCCGGAAAACACGAUAUAUGCAAUCGAUAAAGCCAUUGCGGCAGGCACUCAUGCUCUUGAGCUUGAUUUGCACAUCAGCCGGGAUGGAGUAAUCGUUUUGUCACAUGAUGCAUUGCUACAACGCUGCUUUGGCGUUAAGAAGAAGGUUUUCGACUGCGACUGGGACUAUUUGCAGACUCUUCGUACAGUCGAAGCUCCGCAUGAGCCGAUGCCCCGACUAGUUGAUGUUCUGGAAUAUUUGCGACAACCAGGGCGUGAGCAUAUUUGGGUUUUAUUGGACAUAAAACUUAACAAUGAUCCCACCGUCAUCAUGCAGGGUAUCGCCAAGGCCGUCGAAUCAGUACCCAUCCCAGCCAUAGGUCCAGACUGGCAUCGACGUAUUGUUCUCGGCUGCUGGUCAGCCAGAUAUCUGACGCCUCGUGCAAAGUAUCUACCUCGCUAUGAAAUGGCAUUGAUCUGUGUCGACUUUAGCUACGCUCGCCAAUUCCUGCAGGUACCUCGCAUCUCAUUCAAUAUCCACCAGAAGAGCUUGAUGGGCCCACUAGGCCGUGGGUUCUUGGAGGAAGCGCGUGCGGCACGUCGGAAGGUUUAUCUGUGGACUGUCAACGCUCCCAAUUUAAUGCGGUGGGGCAUUCGACACAAAGUCGAUGGUAUCAUCACAGACGACCCGGCGCGAUUCCAGAAAGUUUGUGAGGAGUGGGAGCUGGAUCAGAAGAAGGGACAUCUGGCCUCACUUGACCCUAAGGCUGAUCGCUUGACGUUUAGACAGCGGGUAGAGGUCUUGCUAGUGGCGUUUUAUGUUUUGACGUUUGGCUGGUUCCUUAAGAGAAAGUAUCUUCCAACGGUGGAGCAUGUACAGUUCGAGGAGCGGAAGAUGACCUAA